CAUGCGCAGUGCACGCCGGGGUCCUGCUCACUGGUGCGACGUAGCGUAUCGAAUCCCGGAAGUGAAGUUUUCGUGCUGCUCUCGCUAAAUCUUCCAGGUUUGUUCUGCCCUCGCCCGUCAAAGUGCAAAGAUGCUGGCCAUAUUCAAGACCAUCCCCACGCAUAUGGAUUACAAAGGUCAGAAGCUGGCUGAACAGAUUUUCCAAGGAAUAAUACUAAUCUCAGCGGUGAUCGGGUUUGUGUAUGGUCUGAUCGUUGAGCAGUUCGGAUGGACAGUGUACAUAGUCCUGGGUGGUUUUGCUAUAUCAUGUGUGUUGACCCUGCCUCCGUGGCCCAUGUACAGAAAGAAUCCACUUUCCUGGCAGCCGGUGGUACCAGAGAGCAGCGGCGAGUCCGUCCAGAAACCUCAGGAAAGCCUCAAGAAGAAGAAGCACAAAUAACUCAAGUUUCCCUGCCUGACUGUUAGUACAACUUUUAUAUCUGAAUUUAUUUUGAAGAUUUGUCUCAAGAACCACAGUUAACUCAUAAAAACUCUUUGUUACAGUGUUUUGUCAGCCCAAAAUAAAAGAUGUU